AUGGCGGAGGCGGCAGCAGCGUCUUUCGUCCUGAAAGCAGAUGACAGCGCCCAGGCAAAGGACAACGCAGGCAAGCGCGUGUCGUCCCUUACGCGCCACUCGUCCAUGCCGCUGUUGAGCGCAGGACCGCACUCCUCCCACAAGCGAGGAAGCUCGGCAGGGGCUUCCCUGACGCCCUUGCUCGGGCCGAACGAGCCAACGCAACACGAUCAGCAGGGACAGCAGCAGCGGCGGCACCAACCGCAGCAGCACAACAUGGUCUUGAUGACGCCGAGGAGGGGGGGCCGCGGCACGGCCACGACAACACCGAACUCCCGGCCCCGAAACCGCAAGAUGCCCUCCAUGCUCGGCAUGCUGCAGAACGCGCAGGACCAGGCAGCGUCACCCGUGUCUGCGCUUAGCAGCAACUCCCACUAUCUCAGCGACGGCAGCCUUGUUGUAGGGGCCGGUGAUAACGAGUCUUCGGCCGCUGCUGCCACCGCUGAUAGGGGUGCCACCGCUGGAAACGAUCCAGCGGGUCCAAAGCGCACCUCAAGACGCAUGAACAUGGAAGCGACCCCGGCGGUCGGCCCUACAAAGCGACUACGGGACAAGUCCGUGCGUUUCAUCCAGCGGUUGCCGGGGCCCAGGCUGCUCAUGCAGGUCCUCGAGGAAGAAAUCGACCCCAAGAACGUGCGGCUCACGACUCAGUCCGAGCCUGUCAUCCUGAUGGAAGUGAUGCCGGCGGCCCUCGUGGUCUCCCUGCUGGUCUUGACCUACCUCGUCUUCGCCUGCGGUGUGGUCCUCAUCGUGCGGUUCCACCUCCGCGGGACCUCUACCCUCACCAUGGGUCCGGGGGCUGGGAACGGGGCAGGCGAGCUCUGCGCGUGGGGCUCAUCUUCCACGGCCACCGCUACCACCAGCCGGGGAGAAGGAGACAUUUUCAUCAUCGGAGCUGAGGGCCCCGACCCGCACUCGCCGUCCGCCGCGGGAUGCACGGUGCUUUCGCCGGGCCUGUCGGAGCUGUCCCUCGAUUCACCCCUUCUGUCGUCAUCAUCGUCGACCUCGUCCUCCUUGACGGAUGCUGAUGAGGAGCGGUACGGGGCGGUGUUUUCCGGCCAGUUUUCGGGCAUGACGGACCUAUCCGGGAGCGUAUCCCUGCACGUAUCGUUUGCCGACACCGAGGUACAAGAGUCUCUGCCCGACCCGGCCACAGUGGACAUCGCUUUGGAGGCGUGUGCGGCAGGGGUGACGGCCGGGGUACGCGACAGCACCAACCAGGCGGUUCUGGAGUGGGGCGUCUGCGAGGAGGGCUGGCAGCCUGUGUUGUUCCAGGAGGACAUCUCCGCUCGAGUCCGCAGCCUUCCCGAAAAUCGCGGGUACACCAUGUUCAACUUCUACCAGAACCAGGAGACCAUCCGGGGGCAAGCUCUCGUUCGCCAGUAUCGGGUCCAGGUUGGCUUUGUUUCAUCCACUACGAGCUCUAGCAGCACCGGCGGAAGCAGUGGCAGCACCGAGGAGCCUUUCAGCUUGAGCGAGGCUAGGUGGUCCCUUGAGUACGAAACUGGCGCGACAGAGGAGUGGGCGAAGAUUGUCCUAGCGGUCGUUCUGGUGUGCUGGGUGCCUGUUUGGCUGGCAUGGUGCUGGACUGUGUUCUACAAGAACGGGGAGGGCGGGUUCAAGAACGCCUUGCACGAGCGGAAAUGGCUGGCUUUCAUGGGUCUCGCGGUGGCGCUCUACCUAAAUCCGAUCAUGGUGGUCGGCAACUUCGUCGCUCCCGGGUCCGCAUCGUGGGGGCUGGCCAGCGAGAUGUCUCUCAGCGUCGCAGUGGCGGUGUUUCUGGUGGUGGCCCUCUGUAUCGCUGACGGGGUGGCCAAGGACAGGGUGGGUGGCGGCGCCGGUGGGUCCCUCGGCUUCUACGUCCCUAAGGUGGUGUUUGGCGUCUUGACCCUGGCGCUUAUGCUGCUGGUGGACCUCACGAGCUUCCCCACCCUCACUGGGAUGGAUCGCGGCUCUCUGCUGGCGGUGCAAAACUGGCCUGAAUCCCAGCGGCACGCUUUUGCAGGGGUGGCGUCCGCGCGUAUCUUCAUGGUGAUGCUGUGGGCGGUAUGGAUGUUGUGCCGCAUCUACAUCUCGGGCUGCCUCUUGAGGAAGCUUCCCUACGUGCCGAACCGAUACCAGCAGCUCUCCUACAGAUUUUUCGCCCUCCAGGCGUUCUUGCUGGGUAUCGUGUACGUGACGUUCGCUCUUUGGCGGCUGAUCGACAUCCUCAACGACGACUUGGGCGGAAACACGGUGGCCGCCGAAUUCAUGCUCUUCAUUAAGACCAGACAGGACCACCUGGGGUCGGUGUCGACCUUGUGUGCGUACGCCCUGCAGCUGCUUCUGCUCUUCCUGCCGUCGUCGUUCAAGGAGUCGAAACUCUUCAGGGACAUCGCUGUGCGCUUCGUCUACUUCGAAGAACAAGUGCCGGUCGCUAAGAGGAAGAGGAGGGAGGGAGGAGGAGCAGGGGGGGUCGAGGGCAACGCCGGCAGUGGCCAAGAAGGGGACGAAGACCACAUGUUCCGGGGCGGAGCCUUGAAUCCGUGGGAUACCCCGAAAAUGUCCCCGGGGGACGUCGGGAAGGAAGACGAGGAAGACAAACCUCUAUUCUGCGUAGAGACUGCCGCGUGGCUCUUGGAACUGGCGUGGGAAGCAUACAACGACCCAAUAGGGUUCGAGAACCCAAACAACUACCACUUCGGGGUGGCGGACUUCGCGAGGAUGGGGUUCGAGCUGGUGCGGCACAUUCACAACGUCCAGCACGACACUCACUGCUUCAUUCUCAAGGACGUGCCGAGAGGGCGUCUCGUGGUAACGUUUCGGGGAUCAGUCGGGACCAAACACUGGAUGGACAAUCUGAGAUUUUUGCAGACGGAGUUCAACAUGGAUCAGAUGAUGCCGAAGGGUCGGGAGCACGAAGCGCCGGAAGUUUUGGCCGAGGACAUCGAUAUCCGGGCCGCGGAAGCCUUGCACGGUGUCGUGGCGCACUUGGCGUCUGCGAGUGAAGAGCCAAACUUGCCAGUUGAGCUACCGGCAGCCCUUUAA